AUGUAUGGUGCCCCUCAAUAUGGUUAUGGAGGGUACGGGAGACGUCGGCAACCAUACGGGACAUACAACGGUGGGCCAGGUAAUGAAUAUUUCAUGAAAUUACCAACUAUUGAUUGGGGUGCGAAGCCUUUAGUUGAAAUAAAGAAGGAUUUUUACGAUUUGAGUCCUGAGGCCAACAACAGACCUGGGGAGGAGAUUGAGGCCAUUUUAGAAAGCCAUCGUAUCAUCAUCGAUGGGGAAACUCCACUUCCCAAACCGGUGAACUCGUUCGACGAGGCGGUUUUUAAUGAACCCAUCCAGAAUAUAAUCAAACAGAUGGGUUUUGUUGAGCCCACACCAAUCCAAAAAGUUGGUUGGACCUCGUGUCUGACAGGUCGUGAUGUAGUAGGCGUCAGCCAAACCGGAUCUGGGAAGACGCUUGCAUUUUUGCUACCCGGUUUGCUCCAUCUUUUGGCACAACCUCCUGUAACACCUGGAAUGGGUCCAGUUAUACUCGUACUGGCACCAACCCGUGAAUUGUGUCAGCAGACAUAUGAGGAGGCCCAGAAGUUCAUGCGUGUGAUGAACCUCAGGGGCGCCAUUCUCUACGGAGGCACCUCCAAGGCACAGCAACAACAGCAGAUUGUUGGAGGAGUCGAUAUAAUGGUAGCUACACCUGGAAGGCUACUCGACUUCCUUUCCAGUGGGAUGGUCCGUCUUGAUCGCGUCAGUUAUUUUGUUUUGGAUGAGGCUGAUCGUAUGCUCGAUAUGGGAUUUGAGCCGCAGAUAAGGAUGAUAUCAUCUCAAGUGAGGCCUGAUAGGCAGACAUUGCUCUUCUCGGCCACAUGGCCGUCGUCCAUCCGUCGUCUCGCCUCAGAGUUCUGUAAGAACAACUGCAUUUACAUUCAAGUCGGAGACAAGGAGCUCACAGCUAACCCCAACAUCACCCAACAGGUCAAGGUACUGCGUUCGGAUGAGACAUUCCCCUAUCUGUGCACCUUCCUGUCCGGCGAAGGUUACAACAAGAAGGUGCUGAUAUUCGUAGAGUCCCGUGUGGGUGCGGAUAACUUGGUUAGGGAUCUGAGUCACCGUGGUUUUUCGGCUAUCUCUAUACACGGCAACAAAUCACAGAACCAACGCGACUACGCAAUUCGCCAGUUCCGCAAUGGGACGAUAAACAUCAUGGUGGCCACCGACGUUGCCUCCAGGGGGCUCGACAUAAAGGACAUUGAUUAUGUCGUGAACAUGGACAUACCUCGGAGCAUUGAGGACUAUAUUCACAGGAUCGGCCGUACGGCGCGAGGCACCAACACAGGCGGUGCUCUGCUGCUACUAGUUAGCGAUUACCCCGACCAUAGGAAGGGCAAAUUUGCUCAGAAAUUAGUCGAAAUACUCCACGGCGUCAAACAACCAGUGCCACCGGAACUGCAGCGCCUGGCACAGAGUGUCAGCUAA